AUGCCAGCGGCUGAGAACCCCUCGCCCAGCCAGGAGAGUGUCUGCCCGGCCCCGGGGCACAGAGCACUCCCCCAGCCCGCCAAGCCAGCUCCCGGGAUUCCCACCCCCGAGGCCGGCCAGACAGCGCCUCACAUCUGCACGUGGCCAGGCAGGCACGCUGGCAAGCCGCACGGCUGGCAAGCCGGCAGCCCCGAGCCCAACAAAGGCAGCAGUGAGCCACCGAUUCCGCGUGUGCGCGCGGUGAGCCAAGCGACGGCAUCUUCAGCGGCGCGAUGCAGGUCUAGGCCACGGCGCAGGAGAGCAGACGCCACGAGGACAAGCACCGCUGGCGGCAAAAGCCAGCCCAGCUCCCUGGAACAGGGACCCGGCUCCAGUCCCGGGGCUUCCUGGUACCAGUCGGGAGCCACGCCGCACCCGCCACACCCGCCGGCGCCUCCCCCUGCACCCGGCCAGGGCCUGGGUGAGCCACGCCGGGCCCCCCACACCCGCCCGGCGCCUCCCCCUGCACCCGGCCAGGGCCUGCGUGAGCCGCGCCCGCCACACCCGCCCGGCGCCUCCCCCUGCACCCGGCCAGGGCCUGGGGCCUGCGUGAGCCACGCCGCGCCCCCCACACCCGCCCGGCGCCUCCCCCUGCACCCGGCCAGGGCCUGGCCGCCCCCGCCCCCCCCCCCCCCCCCCCCCCCCCCCAACCCCCCCCCCAGCCCGCCCCCGCCCCUCCAGCCCCCCGCCCAACCCCCCCCCCCCCCUCUCCCCCCGCCAACCCUCCCCAGCCCGGCCCCUCUGCCCCCCAGCCCCCCGCCAACCCUCCCCAGCCCGGCCCCUCGCCCCUCCAGCCCCCCGCCAACCCUCCCCAGCCCGGCCCCUCGCCCCUCCAGCCCCCCCCCGGCCCCUCGCCCCCCAGCCCCCCGCCAACCCUCCCCAGCCCGGCCCCUCGCCCCCCCAGCCCCCCCGCCAACCCUCCCCAGCCCGGCCCCUCGCCCCUCCAGCCCCCCGCCAACCCUCCCCAGCCCGGCCCCUCUGCCCCCCAGCCCCCGCCAACCCUCCCCAGCCCGGCCCCUCUGCCCCCCAGCCCCCCGCCAACCCUCCCCAGCCCGGCCCCUCUGCCCUCCACCCCCCCCCAGCCCCCCCUCUGCCCCCAACCCCCCAACCCUCCCCAGCCCGGCCCCUCUGCCCCCCCCCCCCAAACCCCCCGCCCCCCCCCCCCCCCCCCCCCCCAACCCUCCCCAGCCCGCCCCCCCUCUGCCCCCCAGCCCCCCGCCAACCCUCCCCAGCCCGGCCCCUCUGCCCCCCAGCCCCCCGCCAACCCUCCCCAGCCCGGCCCCUCUGCCCCCCAGACCCCCGCCAACCCUCCCCAGCCCGGCCCCUCUGCCCCCCAGCCCCCCGCCAACCCUCCCCAGCCCGCCCGGCCCCUCGCCCCCCCCCCCCACCCCCGCCCCCCCCGCCCCCCCACCCCCCACCCUCCCCAGCCCGGCCCCUCUGCCCCCCAGCCCCCCGCCAACCCUCCCCAGCCCGGCCCCUCUGCCCCCCAGCCCCCCGCCAACCCUCCCCAGCCCGGCCCCUCUGCCCCCCAGCCCCCCGCCAACCCUCCCCAGCCCGGCCCCUCUGCCCCCC